CGGUCGUCCGGGUGGUUCUUGGUCCUCGCGCUCACGGUUCAAUCCCUUCGCUCCCAAUUGAUGUCUGGAGAGUCCACACCGACUGCCUACCAUCUGAAGAUCGAUGCCUCCCAUUUGGAUUCUUCCGACAAUUUCACUGGUGCGGUGUUGGUAAACAUGACUCUUCCAAGUAGCGUGUCCUCUCUGCAAAUACAUGCCGAGAACUUGACGCUGAAUGAGAGUUCGUUAGUUAUUAUGAAGCAACAUUUUGCAUACCCCAGAUGGGAUCCCCAGAAGAUCAGUGGAUGGAGUGUCAACCAGACCUAUAUCAAUAUGUCUUUUUCUCCACCUGCUGCCAAUGGAGUCUACUCUCUCUACGUUGAAUACACAGGCUCCUACCAGAGCUCCAUGGCAGGCUUUGCCAAAGUCGGUUACCUCUUCAAAAAUGAACAAAAGUACCUAGCAGUAACUGCCUUAGAUCCAACCAAUGCUCGGAAGGUGUUCCCGUGCUUCGACGAGCCGGGGUACAAGACACAAUUUUCUCUGGAGAUCAUAGUAAGCCGACCUCACAUUGCUAUCAGCAAUGUACGACCGUCUUCAGUACACAAUCAUACGGAAACGACCAGAGUAUUUUUAUUUCACGACUACCCUGACAUGCCAGUCAACCAGCUGGCCUGGGCAGUAGUUGAUCAUACCUCGUACGGCCUCCGAGAAGACAACUCCACCUCAACAAUAGUCCAUACACGAGCCCCCUACCUCUAUAUGAACCAGACUACAUGGGCCAAUCAACUGUCCGCACGAUUACUUCAAGCAGUGGGAAACUACACAAAAAUACCAUUCAACCAGACUUCCAAACAGGCUUCCAGCAAAAUCGAACAAAUUGUGCUUCCAGAAUUCUUCUCUGGAACUUCGGAAAGCUUUGGAUUUACAAGUUUCUCGGAAGAAAUGAUCCUGGUAUCUCCAAACAAGUCUUCUACUAGAUACAUACAAGAUGUAGCACUUACACUGUCCAGAGGGGUGGUGAGGCAGUGGUUCGGUGAUGUCGUCUCCGUUGAUUCAUGGGACAACUUGUGGAUGAUGAAGGGAAUCGACGAAUACUUGCAAUAUGUCAUAGCUGGGUCACUCUCAGAAAUGUCAGACUGGGAGUUAGAGGAGCAGGUAGUUGUGGAGCUGACCCAGAAGGGGCUUGAACUAGAUGACCCUAACGCACACACUCUCACCUUCCACAGUGAAGAUGAAACUGAACUGGUCACAACCGUUUCUGACAGUCUUACCAAGUAUAAAGGUGGUGCCUUAAUCCGGAUGCUGAAAGAUAUAUUUGGAACAUCAUUUCAUGAAGCAAUAAGCAUGUUUAUUUCUGCCAGCAUGUCUUCUUCUCCAACCUUCCCAAACCCAACAUCACCAACAAACUUUUGGAACUUGCUCUACGGAGUAGCCACUGACAAAAACAUCGACCUAGCUGAAAAGGCUCUGGAGGACAUCAUGGAAGAGUGGACAUCUACCCCUGGAUACCCUGUGCUAUCUAUCACUUCAAACUCUUCUCACUUCACUAUUUCACAGUCCAACAGCAGUCUAUGGUGGGUCCCAGUGACAUAUUCCCUCCAAGGUUCUCCAAACGUGAACAGAGUCUGGUUAGAGCCCAGUGGUAAUUUCAGUGUCCGAAAAUCUUCUUCCAACUGGAUUUUGCUAAAUUUGAACCAAACAGGUUUCUACAGAGUCAACUACACGUCAGGCUUAUGGCAAGCUCUCUCCGCUCAGCUUUCCUCAGAUCUGACCCAGCUGCCCAGACUUAGCAGAGCUCAGCUAAUUGAUGAUGUCUUCUCCUUUGACCCUAACAUGGCUCUAGAGUUCACUCGUUUCCUCCGGGCAGAGACGGAUUACUACGCUUGGAAAACGGCUCUACGCCAUUACCAAAACCUGAUAUAUUCCAUGGCUGGUCACUCGUCUUACCAGUUACUCCAGGACUACGUUCUAGACCUGAUGAAUGGAGUGAUUGCUGAGGUUGGGUUCUCAUCAAAUCUUCAAGACACUCAUGUGGACAAACUCAAGCGUUCAUUGAUCCUGGAGAAAGCUUGCCAAUUCGGACAUAAAAGCUGUAUUCAAAAGGCAGUGGUUAAUCUAAGAACUUGGAUGGCACAAACAUACUAUGACCCUGACCUAAGUUCUGCUCUGCUGUGUGCUGGUGUGGCCAAUAGUUCCUCAGAAGUGUGGUACAAUGUCUGGUCUAUGUAUGAGUAUUCAAUUUUCCCGAGUGUUCGUCUGGCUCUCCUGGAAUCCCUUACUUGCACUACUGACACAGAUCUUCUUUAUGAAUUUUUGAACAACAUAACCUCUACAAAAGACCCUGUUGUGAGUAACAAGGAUAAGAGGACUCUUCUACAAACACUGAGUUCUAAACCUUUUGGAGCUCAUACUCUUCUUGAUUGGCUGGUCCACAGAUUACAAGCACAAUCAAACGGAUCUGAAGAAACUUCCACACAAGCACCUGUCACUACUCCGGGAUCAAACAGUUCCGGCGUCGAUCCAUCUGGCCGAGCGGAGGAUGGAGUGAACUCCUCCGUAGUGACCAAUGAUAUCCUACCAGAGUCCGAGAUUACAACAAUCCUUCAUCUUAUACUACCCAUGUUGACUUCAUUGGAAGAUGGAACAAAGUUGGACUCUUUCCUUUCCUUGGGAAACAAGACAGGACUGUCCGAUGCUACACUUACCACAAUGAGGAGUGCGACACAGAAAAUCUACAUGCAAGCUGAGCAAGUCAUGAGUCUAAACGGCAAGUUGACAACGUGGCUCGAGGCGGAAGCUCAGUCCACUACUUCUGGAGGUUCCACUAGACCCUCGUCUUCCUCCUCCCAACCCCCUCAGACCACACCCCCCCCUGGAACUGGGGGUGCCUCACAGUCGACAUCUGGGGCCUUCUACUUUACCUCCCUGCUGAUGAUUACCUUUAGUUAUCAACAAAUAUUUUAAACAAAAGUAUUAUUCAGUCAGUUAAAUUUAGCUGUAGACAUUACCUUUUGAGGAUAUUACAGGUGUUCCUCAAAGCUCGGUCUGUGUAAGAAGAUCAGUAUUUCUUUUACAUCCUAACAUUUUUUUUAACUUUACAGCUGCAUUUUUCUAAUAGUCGGUAACUAGAUUGAUGUAUUCCUACUUAGUAAAUUUUCUUCCGUUUGCUAAUAAUUAAACAUAUUAGCCACUAAUGAAACGAUUUUGUUUGUACUAGUCAUUCAUUACUUAUAUCUACUUUGUUUUAUUAUCUUCGCAUUUACACAGAUUGAGGGGUAAAUGUGACUUUUGUGCUACACUACUUCAGCUUAAUUUUUAGCCAAAUGUUAUUCCUAGGAACAAAUGGCUGAAAAAUUCUGUUUUUUCCAGUACUGUUCUUAUUUUGAGUGUUAUUACUUUUACAAUAUUUAUACAUGUAUCAUAUACCAUAUAAAUUAUAGCCCUAGCUUAGUACUUGGAGCAUAUAAAAAAUGCUAUCAAUUUUAAAGCCAUAUACAUAGCAUCAAUGUAAUUUGUUCAUUAAAUAAAAAUGUUCUACUUAACUUCCGGAUUUAAGUUGAAAUGAUAGACAGGUGUAAAAAUAACACAGGAUAAAUGUGAAAACUACUUGUUCAUAGUAUUGUAAUUUUAACUCAAGUAUGUGUGUAGUGGUAGUACAUUUUGUUCUUGAUAUUUAUUUUCUAAACUAAUUUUUACCAAAGUAAUGUUCACAUCUAAAGCUUUUCUGUAAAGGUAUUUAUUUUGUAAAAACUACAGUACCGUACUAUAUGUGGAUACUUAAAAGUGUUACUAGAUUUAAAAUACUUAUAUAUGUAUACUAUCUGUGUAUUAUAUUAUACAUAAGAGUCUGAAUGAAAAUGAGUGAUAAAUUAAACUAUAUUUUUCUGUAAAUAAAAUUAUUUUAAUA